GAUGUUGCACGAGCCUUCAAGUAAAACCCGAGUUUGUGCUGAAUAGACGAGGAAAGGCGCGCGCAGCCGUCGCAACACCCGGAAUUUCAUACAAUCUCUGGGAAUUAUCACUCUUCCUUAACGAUGUUUCUCUACAACAUGAAGCGCACAGUGCAGUGAAGAUCUCCAAAGUUCUUCCAGCUGUUUUUUUAUAAGUUUAGGCUGCAUAAACUCCAUUUAAGCGCUUACUGAACUUAUUUUUGCUCGUGCGCAAACAGUUGCUUUACAUCCACGCGCGUUUCUUGUGGAUUCGUCGAUCGUUUGAUAGACUGGUGCUAGUUGUCACGGGGAAGUACAUGCACAAAUGCAUUUCAUUUGUUUUCAACGCAUUAUUUGUAUAUUAAAAGCUUUUCUAUCGCUCGGUAUCCAUAUGAAUGCGACCCCCUGAUGGAUGUACCAGAUGAAGUAUAUUGGCAAAUCUCAGCGGAGAUGCGGCUCAUGAGCUGAGCUGUACUAACAAGAUCCACCCACGAUCACAUAAAUGAGGAUUUUUAACUUGGAGAUAAACAAUUCUCAAAAGAUGGCAUGAGGAUCGCUCAACAUUUCUCAUAUAGCUACAGCACGUCUUGCCUACAUGCAUCCGGAGAAUAAUGGAAAAAAACAAGGAAGUUUUCACCGUUUCCAUGCCUGGCACCGUCAAAUGUAAGAUGUGGAGACUUUAUUAUCAGUCCUGUCCAGCUGUAGUCACAUAAUGGCAUGCAGAGGCGCUUGCUGCUUAGGUCCAGUGAAUGAAGAUAAUGCCAGGUUUAUAAUGUUGAUGCUCUUCAUCAUCUUGUACCUGUUGUGUGGAGCCGCUGUGUUUUCAGCACUGGAGCAUCCCAAGGAGAAGCAAGCCAAGGAAAGAUGGGCUCAGAGGUUUGAGCUCUUCAGCCAAAAGCACAAUCUCAACAAAAGUGAUUUGGAGAAGUUCUUGAGACAUUAUGAAGAGGCAAACCUGGCGGGGAUACGAGUGGACACGCUCAGGCCUCGAUGGGAUUUUACCGGAGCUUUUUAUUUUGUUGGUACUUUGGUUUCCACGAUAGGGUUCGGAAUGACGACACCUGCCACAGUCGGAGGCAAAAUCUUCCUUAUUUUCUACGGUCUCAUUGGCUGUGCGGCCACCAUCUUGUUUUUCAACCUUUUCUUGGAGAGAAUAAUAACGCUCCUGGCCAUCGUUUUGAAGUUCUGCUACGAAGUCCGACGUCGACGCAAAGGAGUUUUACCUCACGACAGCAGACAGGUCCCAAGCGACGGGCGAAUGAGGCGCGAGGACGGUCUCGCUGGAUGGAAGCCGUCUGUAUAUUGUGUAAUGAUGAUUCUUUGCGUAGCAGCAAUAAUCAUCUCUUGUUGCGCUUCAGCUAUGUACUCUUCCAUCGAGGGAUGGAGUUACUUAGAUUCACUUUACUUCUGCUUUGUGGCGUUCAGCACCAUUGGCUUUGGAGAUAUGGUCAGCAGUCAGAGGGCUAGCUAUGAGAACCAGGCCUUCUACCGUAUCGGAAAUUUCAUCUUUAUACUGAUGGGUGUUUGCUGCAUUUACUCCCUUUUCAACGUCAUAUCCAUUGUCAUCAAGCAGGUUCUCAAUUGGCUCUUGAAAAAGCUUGAGAUUCCUUGUCGUCACUGCCCUGGAAGGUCCCUCCGGCCUCGCAGGAACGCAGUCAUGCCGGGACAUCCCCGGACACGUGUCCGCAACAUAUCUAUAGACACGGACGCUGUGAACGACAGCGAGACGGACGGACGUAGGUUAUCUGGAGAAAUGAUCUCCAUGAGAGACUUCCUGGCGGCUAACAAGGUCAACCUGGCCAUCAUGCAGAAACAGCUGUCCGAGACGGCCAAUGGACACCCCCGGCCAUCCGGGUCAACUAAUAGACACAAUGGAUUCUCCGGAGGAGUAGGGGCCUUGGGGAUAAUGAAUAAUAGGCUUGCAGAGACAAGCAUGGAGAGAUAAAUAUAAACUUUGCAAAGGAAAACUCACAAACAAACACUUUAUGACAACACAAAUUGCACUGUCCAUAGUUUAGCUAUACUUACUUCUGUAAUACAGAUGUAGUUAGUAGUAGGUCCAUAUAUAAUUUAUUAUGUGUGUCUCUGUAGAAUGCUGUACUAUCUGAAAUAACCAUUGCUGCUCUCAAGGUGAGAUAUUGAAAAACUGAAGCUCAGGUAUGUUAUUAAGGUGAAGGUGCUGGAAAGGCUUUGCUGCAUCGUCCUUUGAUUCAAACUUUCUUAUGUUGGACAUUUCCAAGUUUUUUUUAUGACAGGGGAUAUUUUUCAAAGAUAACAUGUAAUUAUUUGUUUGGGAUGCACCGAUAAAACAUUUGUUGCCGAUACUAGGGGUGGACGAUAAUCUGGUAGAUUAGGGCCAAUCACAUGCAACGCAUUUCAGUGUUUUUUUAUAUUGCUAGGCAACCACGGAAGCAGCUGUUCCGGGCGCUCUUGAAACUUGGUUUGCUGUUAAAGGGAUAGCUGUUAAAAAUGAAAAUAAUGUCAUUAAUGACUCACGCUUAUGUCGUUCCAAACUCGUAAGACCUCCGUUCAU